AUUAAAUACUUGCGAAUACUUUAUUUCCUUUGUGCUAUAUCAUGGAUUAACGAUUUUUUUGUUAUUUUAAGGUUUGGUGCAGCCUUAGUAAGCCGACAUGUAUCAUUUGAAUAGGACAUGCUAAUUUGUCUUGGCCUAGAUAUUCUUUGCGAAGAAUUCGCUCCCGUUCGAAGAAGCUUACUAGGAAAGUGAUAAUUGUUGUUAUUCCCGCUUUCAAAAUGCCAAGAAUUUCAUACAUUAGCUUAAAAUAAAGUGUUAAGUCUUUGCAUUUAGCGGAGACAAUCUUACCACUCAUGAGAUGUUCGAAAUUCGCUACUUUUUCCAAAACAUAUUGUCCCAAAUUUUAAAAUGUCCCAAGCUUCAGUUUAUGGGACAGACGAGAUAUUCACGUAAAUACAAAUUCUAUCAAAAUUCAAAGAUUUCAUUCAUAACACAAUUGCUUUCAUUAUUUUUUUACAUAUAAAAUCUAGCCGUAUAAAAUCUAUAAAACUGUUGAUAUAACAAAAAAAUGAGACACGAUGAGAUAUAAUGAUGGAAUACAACAAUAUAUGUUAUAGGUUAAAAGUAGAGGGAAAUAUAGCUGAACUGAGAAUAAGUUUAGCCACAAAUGGUAAAUCGAAAAUACGAGUCUUAAACGAGAUCUAAUUUUGAGCCAUGUGGGGCCUACCCUCCCCCGCAUCUUCGAAAGCUUACGCGAUUGGCCAACGAAGCCCAGUAUUUACGCUAAGGGGGCAUUGGUCUCGUAGUUUAUCAUACGCCCCUUUGCCUUGCCAUCGUGUGUAUAAAAGUUAGGGGGUUUUGAACAAAUAAUUUUAGUUUAGCAUAGAAUGCAUCCAUUUGUUAAAUGUUAGAAAGAACAACUUGCUGUAUACAGCAGAAACCCGCAUAAAAGAACCUGUUUUUAUAAGAACAUCGAGGCUGAACCCCCAGGAGGCUGAAAAUUGGAAAGGUUGUUAUAUGUAUAUAUAAGGGUUUUUGGAGUAAAUUAGGUUAUGGCAUGUUGCAUUCUAAUUGGACAAUCUAACAACACAAAUUCAUUUGAUUGGUUGAAAUUUGACAUAAAAAGAGCUGGUUUAAGUGUGUCCAUUGGAAUUCUUGCGGUGGAAAACAUUGUUAAUGUAUACAAGGCCUGUACGUAUAUAAGAACCUUGUUAAGAACCUUUUAGAUUGGAAUUUAGAAUAGCAGCCUGUUAAUUAAGAAAUUUAUUCAAUCUGCCAGACAAAACCCUAGGUUCUUUUAUGCGAGCUUCUACUGUAGUAAAGAUCAGCUUGAGAGCAACGACUUCUUCUUUCUUCAACCCAACUGCCCUAUACCAUGUUACAGCUCCAGUUAUUUUCUGGCAUCAAAUCCUCCUUUCAUAUGCCGUAUUUCAGUGUUUUUUUAUCAAUUAAUACAUAACAAAGCUUUUCAAAAUAUUAUUAUAGCAAUGACAAACCAAGCGUUUUUUGAAGAUGCCAGAAAAUCAAUAAGGCACGUGUGCAAUUUAUUCUAAAUUUGAAACGAAUCGCGUUCCCAUUUUAAAUUUCUAAACCUGCAUUAUAAACAUCCCUUUAUAGAUUGUUUAAUAUAUCAUAAGUUCUUUUUGACGCGGUUUCUUCAAAGCAUCGACUAGCGAUUUGACCUCGGAGCUCCGUGUCAUAAGCUGACGAUCAGAUAUUGAUCAGCCAAUCCUUGAUCCACAUUUCAUGUCGCAUUAUCAUCUAAUCGGCAAUGUUUUCGUUAUUACAAGCAAAGAGAAAUACCUCAAAGUGAUAAUUAUUCAUAAAAGUGGAUUACCCCGCUUUUUUUAAUUGUCAUCAGCGAUUUAAAUUGAUCGGAUUUUAGAGCAAUUUUUAAGCAUAGCUUUUCAUUGCACUUGAUUGCACCACAUCGUCUUCAAUUUUUAUUUGUAAAAUGUUAUCUCCCUAAAAGAAUUUUCCUCCGAAUCACUUCUUAUCUGAAACUCAAAAUUUUUAAACGGACGCUAAAACUUUUAAGAAAACUUCCAACUACACCCUUCUUUUAUAAGAACCAGUAAAUUUAAGUUCAGGCUGACUGUUCUUAAUUUUUUCGAAAAUCUGAGGCUGGAUUGUUCUUAAUUUGUUCUCAAAUUAAGAGGGUGUAAGCAGUGCUAUUGCUAGCUUUUUCGCUCUAAGGAGGUGUUCAGGCCUCAUUUGCCAACAAAGUGAGUGAGACAGCCUUAAUUUGCUGACAAAUUUGAAUAUUCACCGAAAAAGCACCGACACAUCGCUAAAAAUCCUCGAUUUUGAGAAAAAACGUUGUUCAAAAUUGCAUUUUGCAGAAGCUCAGCCUCAGCUUGUUCUUAAUUUGUUCUUAACUUUUGACCAGUUUUGAGGCUCGUGUUCUUAUAAAAUUGUUCUUAUAAAGGAAAAAGAGUGUAUUUGGAAAUUCAGAGAAAGUAAAGCCCUAACAAAGGAGAGAAAAUCCACUUCCAGUUGCAGAGUUCAUUUUUCCAACCUUUAUCUGCAUUAAGACUUCACGAAAUGCUGAGUAGUAAACAAUAAAAGACCCGUUACGCAGUCCUGCGGAACACCGGCUUUCUGGCCAUUUGAAUUUCAGUGACUAUAUUUUCAAUGAUUGUGUUUUGACGUAUAUAGGCCAUUGAUUGUGUUAUCUCUGUUUGGUUAUUCUUGGCUUGCUUCAUGUUUUCAGAAUAAUUUAAUUUGUAAAACGGCGAGGGAAUUUUUAUCUCCGGUUAUUAAAAUACCAACAUUAAUGAAGGCUGGACAGAUGUGUCUUAGUAUAAACACAGAUUUGUCUGAAACACGCGACUCUCAAUUGUUCCCGAUUAGUACAAUAAACUGUUUGUUUGACAUUUUCAUCUACGCAAAACUAGUUGGUUAGAACGCUUAAUCCCACAAGAUUUCCUAUUUAUCACAUUUUGCAAUAGAAUUUGCGCUAUGUCAGUUUUAAAGCACAUGUACAAAGUGCUUCUCGGCCUACCUGCGCGUGCUAAUUCAAUUAGAAUACUUUACAUUCUUUCGUGCCCAGACCUCUUGUAGCGUCAGUAUAUACGGCUUCAUCAGUAGCACUAUUUAGCGCUUCAUCAGUUAUAUGCUGCAAUUGUACUUUAUGAAAUCAGUCCUUUUCCUAUAAAACCAAUCUCUGUUUGCCUGAACCUUCUGUAGCCUACAUUUUUUAUAAUUUUCUAUUUUCUAUGUUUAUGAUUUUAUUUCGAUAUUCAAAUAUCUGUUAAAAAAGUUUUAAGAAGAAUCUCUCCUAAUAGAACUUUGCUGGUCUAGGUCGUUAGAAAUGAGGUUUGAUAUGAGCUCAAUAAUUUCAAACCCCUUAUCCACAACCUGAGGCCACAGAUAGACUUCUGAUGUUCAGUUGAGAUAAUGUUUUUUGUUUGACCUGGGAACUAUAUACUGAAUAUCUUGUUAAAGACAAGCUUUUUGAUGCUAGCAAAUGAACACAGGCAGGAUCCAGUUUGGGUUUGUGGCAUUUGUACUCGAAUAAGGGAAAUCUGAGGCAUUCUAAUAGGCAAGGGGUUUGUCCCCUCAUCUCAGAGUUUAUUUGGUCCCUGCAGUGGUGUGGUUAAGGGGUGGGCUCGGGGGGCACAGUUUCCUUGUUUAAUUAAAAUAGAUCAGGGACCGCGCACCACUCUAAAAGUGGAGGGGCUGAAAUGGGUGUGACCGAAAAAUGUUUAUUGAAUUUUUGAGCUCAUAUCGCCCUCUUGAACGCCGCCACGCCCUCUUGAACGCCGGAAAACGCCCCUUUUAGAAAUACUCGCUUAUUUCUAUUGAAUUUUUAUUAACAGUCUUGCUCAGAAAAGAUAUUAAUAACUAUAAAACAGAUAGAAUUAGCUCGAGGGUAAUAAAUAACCAAGCUAACAAAGUUAGAAAAUACAUCAUAUCAAUAAACAAGAUGAAACACCUAGAAAAAGAACAAAAAUGGUUCCCAGUCAAUGAGAACUGCUACUACACAGGAGUAAACUAUCCAAAGUUGCGUUAGAGUAAACCUUUGAAAAAAUGUUCUAGCCUAUUAUUGCAAAAAAGUGGGUGGGCUAUAGCCCCUGCUAGCCCAAUGGCUGCGCGGUGCCUGAAAUAGAUUAUAGGGGGCUCAGUCCGUGUUUGUUUGGUUUGGUGCAUUCCUUACUGGGCAAUGUGAAUUAGCCCUUAAUUAUGCUAUUUGCCUUCUAGAAUCGAUGAACAGUUUGAAUGAUUUCAUGUACACAACAGAGAAUCUUUAACACAACUGCAAAUUUAUAGGGUGUGACAAUGGGUGUGGACUUGGGUGUGGCUUUUAAAUGUUCUCUGCAGCACAGCCCUCCUUUCUUUAUAGCUUUUAGGGCGGCACCCCUGUGCCUGUACUCGAGAUUAUCAGGCGCUUUCCAUGCUUUGGGAGAAGUGACUGAAGACUUUCGUUUUAUACUAUUAUUUGUUUUACUUAUUAGCGUAACCACCCUUCCUCUCUUACAUCCCUCAGCUCGACAAAUGGGCAGAAAUGAACGUUUUUUAGGCAUAGAACGCCAUCAGUAGGCAUCGUGUUUAGUUUAUAUUGCAUGAACGAGGCUAGUUCGCGCAAAUUUGAUUUGGGCAAAUUAUAUUUCAAAUGAUUCUUUGUGCGAUUAAAUUAUGGAGGUUGUAGUUGAACAUAUCCGUUUGCAAAACACGAGGCAGUCAGUUAAUGUUGAAAUAUUAUGUUGUUUCUCAAUCAUUUAGAUGAGAGUUUUAAAAGAUCGUUUAUCUGAUAAAAACUGUCAGAUAAAAAUUACACUUUAUUAUUCAAAAAAGAUUUCAGCUGUCAAAUCUAAUAAAGCUUUAUUUAAUAAAAACUGUUUUAUUCUAAUAAUUGUUACUCUUCAAUCGCUUAGAAAGUUUAUCCUUUUAACUGCCUGCUGGGUCACAACUGUACGAAUUUGUGGUCAGUUUCUGUUUAAAUUUUAAGACAAAUCUUUUCUUAGAUGCUUUAUUCUAAUCUUUCGUAGAUUUUAUCUUAUCUUUGUUUUAUACGCUUUGUGUUUUGAGACGUGUGGUUUAUACAGUAUUUUGUGUAGUUUGUAGCAGGUUCAGUCAAGACUUGUUAGUUGAUGGUUUUAGUUGUCAUGACGACCAUAAUCAAUAAUCAUCAUAAAUUUUUUAAUAAUUAUGAUCAUAAUCAAUCAUGAAAUCAUCAUAAAUCAUUGGUAGAGCCCGAUCGUCAUUCUAUCUAGCAGUUUUAUAUUCUACAUCACAUACACCUGAAAAUCGCUUUUGUGUAGGCAGACAUUCUAAAUUUUCAAUUGGUAAAAUUCUAAAUAACAAUAAAAAGCAAGCGGCACUGAUUGGGCAAUCUCAACAGCCAUACCCUCGCAUUUCAGAUCGGCCUGCACUCGUCUUUCGAUCCACGAUUGGGUAUAUAUAUUUCCAAGCGUAGAGUUUUCGAUCUACUUUAUGUUCUGACGUUUUAAACUUUGAAGAGUGUCAGAUGUUGGAAUGUUUAGAAAUGUUUUCUUUUUCCAAAACCAUUUUUGAAUGGAUUGUUUACCACGAAAAGAUUAUUUAUAAUCAAUCCUCAUAGUCAUAAUCAAUCUUCAUCAUUAUCAUCAUCGUUACCACCUCAUCCUUGUAUAUUCUCCGCCAUUUGCAUAUUCUUCUUCUUUAUUUUACAACAAAUCAUUUCAUUAAACAAAUCAUUCAAUUUCCUAACAUCCGCUAUCCCGCAUGCGCUAGACUAAAACAAAUUCAAUUAUGAUUUUUUGAUUCACGAAAAUUGGGGAAAUUUUCUGUAGAAAGGGCGCCUAGUUUGCAAAAAUCUUUUAGUCUGGGAGAAGAAAGGUUGUGAAAGGAUUUGGCCAUGUUGCGACAUAAACAACUGCGUGCAGUUGAACACAAGAUUUUUGAUCGAAACAGAGAACUCCUGUCGGGUCGAUUCUUAAGUUACCUGCUGCCACAUGCUCAACAAAACAAUACCUUACUAUUGCGGUAAAGAAACUUCGAAUUUACAACGGAUCUUUUUGAUCAGCCUUGUAUUCAACUUAACUAUAGAUAUACUCUUUGCGGCCUAGGAACCGAACAGAUAAUCUGAAGAUUUAAUCCACAGAUGUCCUUGCGCAUUGCAUUCUGAUUUGUAUUCUGGCUUCCUUCCGAUUUGUAGUGGCUUCAUUCCGAUUUGUAGUGGCUUCUUUCUCGCUUGCUGCCUGGUUAUAUGCUAAUUUCAACCACGUUUAACUGAGUGAAGAUGCAUAACACCACAAGAUGAAUAUUUCAAAUGCGAUGAGAGAGAGCACCUCAUCAAGAGAGCCACUGGACAGCUCAUCUGAUCACGAUAGGAGUUUCGAGAGGACUCGGGGAAGUUAUAUCGCGUGCAUCAAUCGUUCGCUUGAGCAUGCGUUCGAGUUUCUGUCCGAAACAGGUUAUGCCUCUGGAGGUCUGUCUGAUGCAGAAAGAAUAGAGAGCAGAUGUAGCGAUGAUACCGAGCAUGUAAAAGGACAAAAUGGCCAUUGUGAUAAUGAUUCAAAAAUAAACUCACGGCAGUUGGGGUACACUGAUAUCAAGCCUUCGAUAUGCGAUGAAGUAAUAACGGAGUACAUUCCCGGCAGGCUUUGGGGCAUCAGCGAUAAGGCUGUUCAGAAACAGAACAGGACCGAGUUCCAUAAUAACAGGAACAACAUGCUUAGAACUGCGUCAGAAGAGAAGUUGAUUACUACUAAAGGAGAGAAAAAGAUCAUUUUGUAUCAACAUGUGAAUGGGGAGAAUUCUAGAACACGUCGCAGGCAUGUGAGCAAAAGUAUGGAAAAUAUAGGGCCCAAACGUGGCCCAAAAGACAGCGAAAUUGACGUGUUGAGGCGGUUGGAAGGCCGGAGAAACAGUGCGGGCACUGGAAAACAGCAAGAAAGUGUUAGGCCAAGUCAGAACAACAAAGAGAACUCAGUCCCGGGAAAGAAACUUCAUGAACGGGAAGAUUCGGGUUAUGAAAGCAAAGCUGAGUCUCGUAAUGGUGUGUUGAACAAUAGAGUUAGGAAUGACUCAAGGCGAGGAAGGUAUCACAGUCAAAUUUUUGAAAGUAAUCGACGAGAAAGUACACCGUAUCUUACAACCGAGAGAGAAAUUUUGAAGCAGAUACUUACCAAUGCGAAGGAAUCUGAACAACUUCAACAGAAACACCGGAGGAGCAGCAAAAGUUUAAGCAACCUCGACUUGAGAAGAGCCGCGUCGAAAAUAAGUCUGGGUCCGACUCAAAGACAGCGAACGCCUGUGAAAAGUCCUGCGAGUGAACAGAAAGGCUUCAAAAAGUUUCGGGAAAGUUUCAGAAAGACUACAAGUUAUUUUAUGCCUCAUAAGUUUACAGUGCAAGAAGAAAAAGGCGCCGGGAACGAUUUUGCGAACGCUUUAGAAUUUCAAUAUCAUUGCAUGCACGAAUCACGUGAUGGUAAUGAGCCAAUCACAAGCUCGAUAAACCUUACAGGGAAGAAGAAAGGAUUCUUCCGAAGCAUUUUCGAACGGAAAAAACAAAAGCAGCCGAAUAGUAAACAUAGAAUGCGCAGCUUCAGGUCAAGUGAAUCAAUAAACCAGUCCCGUUGGCAUUCUAGGGAAAACCUGUCGAAAAAGGCAGAACGCCCUAAAUCGAUUUCUAUGCUUAUAGACAAGGUAAAAGAACCUGUUGACGAAUCUACCACCGAUUUGAGGGACAUUAAGAAUAACGAGGAAGAUUUACGUGUCACGAAGAGAAGUUCUGUUAGUCACGGAAGUAGGUUUCGCCGUUCGGAAAGUCUGCGUUCAAUACCAUCUACAUCGCAGUUUUCAGAUCAUAUAUCAACUGAGAUCGCGGGGGAGAACCCAGUCAGGACUAGGAGAACCAGCCGUAAUCGACCAAUGAGUGUACAUGGCAUGAUACUUCGGACCUGCUCAUAUGGAUCAAAUGAUAACAAAACUGAAGCUGAGGAGGUUGAAGAUUUGCAUAGAGUCCUUAAAAACAGAUUAUCCCUCUGCUCGAUAAACGAGAACAUUUUCCAAAACGGUCUCGAUCGAAAUGGGGGCCUCGAUUUCACCGGCAAUCGUGAGCCAAUAUUUACGUCAUCUAGCCCUAGAAAAAAUGAUGACAUCACAGAAUGGAUCCGAGGUUUGCAGUUUUCGUCAUCAUCGUCAAACUUUCGAAAGCUCGAUAACUUUGAGGUUCACAGAACUGAUCGCAUCGUGGAAGAACAAGAACGAGAUGAUGACUGUAGUAUAGAUGAUCAUAGGCCGUUUUUUCACGAGACGCGUAUUGUUAAUGGUCAGAUUCAAACGUAUUUAUGAUUUACUCGAAUUGUAAACUGUUAUCACUCGUGAUUGAUAGCUCUUUGCAUGAAAGACAGCGAAUCGUCUUUUAGACUAAUUUGUUUAUCUAGCAUACAUCAAUUCGCAGGUUGAAGAAUUAUGGUAUGUUGAUGACCCUACUGAAUCGAAUUUUAAAUAAGACUUAUCCACAUCUAUUGCCAUAGCAACACCUACAGGUACCCUCGUGCUCCUUCCAGGCUGGCCAUCGAGAUAUUCUUUACAAAAAGCAAUAAUUUUUAAUGAUUUCGAUUUCGGCCUAAGCCAAACGCAGGAUCCUACGCGAUUUUCCGUUUGUUGAUGUUGUUGAAACUGGCAAUCAUAAGUCUGAUAUCACAGCUCGCAGACAGUCCUUCUAAAUCUUGAACGUUUUUUAGCUUGAAGUAAAUUUUCUAUCUUUGAAAAAUCUCAUCGCAUCCUUAAGUAUAUUAGGAUAUUUGUAGAAUUUGAUCUUGUUUGUUAGAAGUAUUUGUUACCCGUUAGUCAAGCAGCAAAAAUGAUUCAGGAAAUUGGAUUUAAUUUUUGAGAGGUGAUGGAAACGGUGAAUUUCCAGAUUUAGAACCCUCUUUAAGAUACGUAAGACACAGGGUUUUUUUAAUUAAAAAUUUUGUUACAAUAUGCGAACCUCACAGAGACCCCCUCCUAAUCGAAUCGCGCAUAACCCCCUCCUAUUCAGGGCAUACGCAACUGAACGAACAGCAAUAGAUAUUUCACAGUAGAAACAACGUUAUCUUUCUUGAUCAUGCUCUAAAACCUCCUCCACAUACUUUGGUUCUUCGAGGAAGUGAAUUUUUCAUAUAUCAAAAGGUUUUUAAUUGAACGAAGUCUUAUUUUACCAGCCUAUGCAAUUGCCUCUUCUCUUUGUCGAUGAUCGCCACGCCAUGUCCAGCUGUUUUAGACAUGAGUUGUAUACAUGCAUAUACGUCAUUGAUAAGUCUUGUUUCGCCUAUUGUCAGCUACAGUUUUCUGUGAACCUUGUUUUGCGAAUGGAGUAGGAAUGUAGCUCCUAUACAGAACAAGUAAAUUUGCAUCUCUGCUUCACUUUUAACUCAAAACACUGGUUGAUUAUAUCAUUAAUCAUAGUGAUUAAACAAACAACAUUGAAGAUCUGAAAAUUAUGUGAAUUAACAGAGGUAGAGGAGGGAACUUUUGGGGAUUUCUGAUUUUACUCCUUCCUCGAAAACUCUUGGCAUGAAAUGUAGAUGACGUGAAUGACACUGUAAAAACCGGUAUGAACAGAGGCAUAUGUCCACUUUUAUCUUUUACUUAACAACCCACUAUAUGGAUAAAGUUGAAGCGUUGGUGAUGUUUGUAAAGUGAUGUUUGUAAAUCAUGUGAUCAUUUCAAGGGUCGUUUAGCAGAUUUUUCGUGAAAAUUUUUUAUUAUGCACUAACUGGCUGCAUUUUAAUAAGUAUUGGCUUCUUAGUAGAAAUUAUUAAUAUGUAAAUAACAUAGAUUUAUUGGAAAGAAAUUUAUCAGUUUGACUGACGAAAAAUGGAGAAUUUAUCAGUUUGUUUCAAUUCUUCUGUUUUUUGAGGACUCAGAACUCCG